AUGAAGGCCACGAAACAGGCUCUGGAUCGUGGCUUGAAGUACAAGGAAGCAUUGCGGGAUCACAAAACAGCUGCACCUUCCAGUUCCUCCAAAUGGAGGCCCCCCAGCAUCCCACUUACAACGCCAGUGGGAGUGGCGGAUAUGACAUUGGGUGACAUGAUGAAGAAAGAGAAGCUCAGCUACCCUGAUGCCGUUACUGUUUUCCUUGCUUUCAAUGAGUCCCUGGCGAAGAAGCCUUCCAAGAAGCCCAAGAAAGCCGAGAAAGCCAACACGAACUCCUCAGCAGGUGAGUCAGCAGCCCCGGCCGAAGCCGAUGAACCCCAGCCGAAGCGCAAGAAGACCAAAGCCGAGGAAGCCGAUAAGAAAUCCGGAAAGCAGCCCCCAGCCAAGGAAGCCGGUAAGAAAUCCAGAAAGCAGCCCCCGUCUGAAGCUCCAGUCGAUUCUGUGGACACUGGCAAGAGAAGCUCUGUGGCUCCGAAAGCCAAAGCUUCUAAAGCCAAGGCUCCUCCACCAUUGAAGCGCAAAGGAGCUUUUGUGCAUGAACCUGAGGCUGAGGUGCUCGAGGCGCCGUCCAAGCGACUGAGAGGUAAGACUGGUGCAGCAAACCAGAUCCCCGAAGACACACAAGCAGACCAGAUCCCCGAAGACGCAGAAGCAGACCAGAUCCCCGAAGACGCAGAAGCAGACCAGAUCCCCGAGAACCCCAACCCGGAGGAAGACGACGAGGACAGUGCCCUUUUCAAGGAUUGGGAUGAGCUCUGCUAUGAGUACGACCUAUGGAGACAAGGACUUCCUCAACAGAGUGAGCUGGACGCUGCUUUGAAGGCUCACAGAAAUUCUGCUCCCGUGACUCCUGUGCCAGCAGUUAAGUCGGGGCCGGAUGCACAGUGCCUGCUGGCACUGCCUGGGCCGGAGCCGCCCCGUGGUGAUGCGAAUGAUAGCCAAGACUCCCAGACGAAUCUCAGCGAUCUCGGGCCCUCGGCAAGCCAAGUUGCAAGUGCACUUGACAUGAGCGUGCUGUUGCAGCGUGUGCAGCAGUUGGAACUGGAAAAGGCCGAACUUCAGUCGCAGCUCAGCAGCGACUCGAAAAGUACCACUUCGGAAACAAAGGACCCCGUGCCCGAAGACGCUUCGAAAGAACCCGCUGCAUCAAAGCCUGUGGCUACGCCUGUCAGGGCCAAGGUGCAUGUGUUCCACGAUUCGCCGUCGCCUGCCCCAGCGAACCAUGCUCUUCCCGCCUGUCUGAACGACUUAAAGAUCAAGACUCAAGCCCAGCCGGUUCCAAGACCAACGGAGAUGCCAACGGAUGGGUCAGAUGUCAAGCUGGAGGAGCCGUCUGAGAGGAUUUCAUCUGCUACGCACCGAAAAGAAUAUGCCAAACUCAACCGAUUGCACGAUGCUGGAGCACUGGCCAACUACCCGAGCAUGCUGGCGUUGCAGGAGGGCACCCUGGAUGAGAAGCGCAAGCUGUUGCGCAACUGGGUGCUUUCGGGCCAGAACUUGCAGGCUUGCGAGAGCGCCAUCGAGGUUUCGCAGGAGUCCGGUGUGCGUGGCGAGAAAGUCUGGCUGAAGCAGAACUUCAAAGCGAACUGUCGUCCGGGAUCACAAUUCUUUGAUGCUCCUAUUCCUGGUGCCGAUCCGGGCCUCCUCAAUAAGAAGGCUGCCACGACCCAGCAAGCGCCGCUGAAGGCCGAUGUCCUGAGGGCUUUCGACAAGCGCAAGGACGAGUUGAGUCAGCUCGCACUGCAGGAGGCAAGUGGAGCAGGUGGGGACCGAAUAUUUCAAGUGUGCUGGACGCAAUCAGAGACGGCCGGCAGCGAAAGCCACGUCACGACGAGCGGGGUUUUCAAGUGCUCCAAAGACAAGCAUGCAAAGUGGUGCAAGGAGCUCAAGAAGAGUGUGAAUGGCAUCACGGACCUGAUCUUUGAUAUGGGGGAUGCUUCUGAUGAUGAUUCCCAGAGGCUGCUCAAGGACCUCAAGGGUCACAAGAAGUUCAACAAAUUGGACCCAGAUGCCCAAGCCGAGGAAAUGGAUGGCCAGUGCGACGCUAUCCACGAUGAAGUUUCCUUGGAUAUCGAUGAGUGUGCCAAGAAGGCUGCCGAGCCGCCGAAGGUGGCUGAUGUCCUCGAUGAGAAGCUGGUUCGAGCUACGUGUGCUGGUGACACGACUUUGACAGUGGCCUGUGACUUGGGAGAUGCCUACGGGUCUCGGCUAUUGGAUGGAUACAGCAGCAGGCCUCUACGAGAGGCCGAGUUUCAUUCGACACCUGACCUCUCCGAAUGCCGCACGGACUCCAAAGCCUCCCGCUACAUCAUGUAUUCUUUGUUGGUGCAGAGCUACCUCAUUCAGAGCAAGACGAAUAUAACACUUCAGACCCUGAAUUCAGCUAUUGUGGCCGACUUCAACAAACUGAGCGCAGAAGGUCUGCUGGUGGGCAAGGAGGUAUACUACUUUAUUCCUGUGGGCUUCAGAGGCGACCUGAAACAAAUGGGCCAGGCCUUCAACCUCACCCGCAAGCCGGGGUCGGAGAAGGUUCACUUUGAACCAGGCUCUGAGGCUGUACGUGUCUCGGAGGAGCUGAGCAAGGAGCCGUCCCUCAUUUCGGCAGGCUUGAACAUGGUGAUCGACCCAUCGGGCAAGCUGCUCACAAAAAGGUGUGCUCAUAAGUGCACCUGCCGUCCAGAACUGGGCCUGUCGAACUGGCCAAGCAAUCCGGUGACCAAGUUCAAGCACCUUGCCCGUCGAGCAAGGAGUUCCCAUCAGGCCCAGCUCCGGGAAUUGAAGGCUGAGCUGGCUGGAUACCUGGAUGGUGAGGAUUCUGAGUCGGAGGGUGAGGAGGACAGCCAAUCACCUGAAGAUGAAGAUGCUGCUCUGUCUUCUUUGGCCGAGCACGACGAUGUUGAGAGCUCCAGCUCGGUGGUGACCCCGCCGCUCCAUAUCCCAGCUUUGACUGGUGAGAUGCAGAUGGUCUUGGCCAGGCUGCAAGCCAAGUGUGCCAAGCAGGAGCCUGCUGCGGCAUCGACGGCAGAAGCUGCGGACCCCAAAGCAGUUUCGAAAAAUAAGAAGCCCAAGAAAGGUGUCCAGAAGGAUAUUGAGGAGAAGAUGCUUCCCGAGAAGGUUCUGGAUAGCCUUCGGACCUUGAUACCUUCGGAGCCCGCAAAGCCGUGGGCCAAAGAUGAUGAGGGCGGUGCUGCAAAUGGACCCGGCGAUGGCGAUGAGGAGGAUCCUGACGGGCAUAAGAAGGCCAAAGCCUCCAAAAAGCCCAAAGCGAAGAAGGCCCAGGACUCCAAGAAUUGCACAGCUUCAAAGGUUCAGGCGAAGAAGGACCCCAAGAAGGAGAAACAAGAUCCCAGCACAGAUAAGAAGGGCGAGGAAACCGAGGCCAUGCAGCGCAUGAAGAGGACGAUGACGUCGGAUUGUGCAUAUGUGCCUGGAUCCUACAAAGGCUUCCUGGCUGGAAGGCUUAUCGCAGAACGAAUUGAAGCGACGCUGCUACGCUUUAGAUCACAGCUGGGGCCACCAGUGGCCAUGGUCGUAGCAGAGCUGUUACGAUGGGGUGCCCCGCUGCAAUUGAUCAUGUGUGUGGUGCUCCUGGCCUUUCACGAAAAGGCCCUACAAAAUGAGGACCUUGAUUUCUUGCACCUUUUCUCUGGCUGCGAUUCUAUCGGCGCCAGCUUCCGCACCGAUCUGGGUCUGAUUGGAACAUCCCUGGAUUUGGAAACUGAUCCGAUGGGCCAUGAUUUGAUGAGCAUAUCUGGCUUCCUGUCAAGAAGCACUUCCGGGAGAAAUCAUAUCACGCCGAAGGGCAACGAGGGCUACGGUUUCGUGCAUGUGGGGAAUGUUUUGCUGGUCUUCAAGGGCUUCUUCUACAUGAUUCGAUUCGGCAGCCCUUCGCUGAAGAGGCACAUGCUGCUGUCGAAUUGGCAAGGCUUGGUUGAAGCCUUGGUGGCCAGAGCAGGAUAUCUGAGUGUAGAGGAGAGAACAAAGAUGAAGACAAUAAAGCUUGCAGUGCACUCGCAGAGUAGAAGUGCACAUGGGCGAAGUGUGAAGAAGAAGUUCACUGGCUUGCCCAAGCUGCUCAAAGAUUCCCAGCAAUACACGGAAAAGUUCGCGAGGGCCCUUGCUACGCACUACAGGCUGAACCAUGCUGCUUCCAAACCGCAAAGAGAGCUUCUUGUUGCUUCCGAUGCGGGCAUCCACCAUAAUUCUUUAUGUGCCAAGGAUCAGAUGCCAGGACCUCGUUGUCACACCGAUGUGGACCUUGGCAAAUCGGAUUAUGAAUUAUUUUCCGACCGGUUGUCUGCUGGUGCCUGGAGCUGCCCGGAGGACAAGGAAGUCGUUGCAGUAAAGAGUGAGCCGCUAGAAGAGGAUGUGCAGAGUGAGACCGCGGAGCUCCGAAGGAAGCGCAUUGUUAUGGAGAUUCUGGCGGAGAAGGACAAGGGUAAGACUCAGUCCAGUGAAAAAGUGGAGGCCAAGGCACGACGUCGUCGCAGAUCUCGGUCGCCAUCCAAUGCCUCGACUUUGGUCCUCGGCUCCGCAGUGUACGCUUCCAGCAGCAGUGCAUCAGACGACGACAAAUAG